CUCGCUUCCACUUCCGAGUCUGGCCCGUCGGGUUGCGGAGGGAAGCAGUAACAGGCGGCGGUGGCAGCAGCGGCCGGGAAGAGAGAAUCAAAACUCUAGUCUCUUUUAAGCAGAGCUGACUGGCAUAGUGGAAACUACCAUGAGACUUCUCUGUACCGCACUUUCUUUGACCUUGAUUUACCAGCUGGUUGAUGCUACAUUAUCAAAGACAGAUGCAAAGAAAAUGGCUUCAAAAACACUGGAGGAAAAGAUAUUGCAUUCAGACAAAAUUGUACAAGACCGGGGUCUGGUAGUCACUGAUCCAAAGGCAAAAGAUAUUGUGUUGGAACACAAAAGUUACUGUGCCAAGAAAACGAAAGAGAGACACUUCUGGGGAGACGUUCUGGGAUAUAUCACCCCUUGGAACAACCAUGGCUACGACAUUGCUAAAAUGUUUGGAAACAAAUUUACGUUGAUCUCUCCAGUCUGGCUACAGGUGAAAAGAAAGGGAAAGGAGAUGUUCCAGUUCACAGGGCUACAUGAUGCUGAUCAAGAUUGGAUAAAGGAUGUCAAGAAAAACUCUAAAAACAUCAAAAUAGUUCCUCGGAUUUUGUUUGAUGGCUGGACUUACCAAGAUUUUGAAAGUAUUUUUGGCAGUGAGGAUGAGAUAGAGGAGCUUUCCAAGACUAUGGUGCAAAUAGCCAAGGAAGAAAAUUUUGAUGGAUACAUAGUGGAAGUAUGGAGUCAGCUGGGAAAUCAAAAGCAGACGGAGCUGAUUCAUUUGCUCACUCACCUCUCAGAAGCUCUCCAUGAAGCACAGCUUAAGCUAAUACUGGUCAUCCCACCUGCUGUCACACCAGGGACUAACCAGCUGGGAAUGUUCACAAAGAAAGAAUUUGAUCAAUUGGCCCCAGUAAUGGACAGCUUCAGUCUCAUGACAUACGACUAUUCAACACCACAGCGGCCUGGCCCAAACUCCCCACUUCCCUGGGUACGGGCCUGUGUUCAGGUGCUUGAUCCUGAAUCCAAAUGGAGGAGUAAAAUUCUUCUGGGGCUGAAUUUCUAUGGCAUGGACUAUUCAGCACUGGGUGCCUCUGGAGAGCCAAUCCUUGGUAACAGUCACAGACCAUAUACCUCCUGCCUCAAGUUCUGAGGAAGAUGAAAGAAUGGAGCAUCUGUGAUCUUGAUUGCUCCUGGGUGGCACAGGCAGUCCUGGCUCCCAGGCAUUCUCCAAACACCCCUAUGCAUCCAUAUUCAGCUCUUCCCAGGCUUCUUGACUCAGGACAGAGGCAAGAUGAACCACCCUAAUCCAGCAUCCCUCCAUCUAACAGCAUGAUACUUGUACGAGCAAUGGACCUAGAAAAUCAUGCGUGGAAGUGAUACAAUCCAUCCUGAGCAAUAGUGAAGAUUCCAAGAAGAAAUGCUACACAGCAAAAUGGAAAAGAUCCAGCAUUGCCAGAUACCCCCCAGAGGGAGCCAAGAGCCCUACUAUUCUGGACUAUUUCCUCUUUCUAAAAAUGUCAGAACUAUCUCUCAGUUCCUUGUAGGUCCACUUGGCAGCUAUUAGUGCCUUUCACCAUCUGGUGGAUAGCUAUUCAUUUUUGCCCAUCCUAUUACAGUGGGGUUUCUAAAGGGACUUGUGAGAUCCUCUCCUUAGAUAUUGAAACCUAACCCAGAUGGGAUCUCGACCUAUGUCCUAUUGGUAUUAAUGGAGGCUCCGUUCUAAACCUUAGCCUUGUAUUCCUUUGUUUAUCUAUCAUUGAAGAUUGCC